UAAGCACGCGUCACGGGGGCGGGAGUCAGCUGAGCUGCCUGGGCGAGGUUGUGAUCACCUGGGAUCUGCUAAGGGGAGCCUGUAAUCUCUUGGGACUAGAGCUGGGGUGCAAAACUGCGCCAGAUUCUAGUGUGGUCUCCUCGAUCUUCGCGUCCUAUACUGCGAAAGCGAAAAGGGCCUUAGAAUUUUUAACAAGAGUCUCGGGAUUUGUCAGACGCUGGGGAGUCACAGCUUGCACAUCCAGGACGACAGGGGUACCAGUUGUGACCCCCAGACCCUAGACCUAAGGCCCAGAGCUCGAACACUAUGGCGUCCAUCCUGGAUGAGUAUGAGGACUCAUUGUCCCGCUCGGCCGUCUUGCAGACCGGUUGCCCUAGCGUGGGCAUCCCCCAUUCCGGGUAUGUAAAUGCCCAGCUGGAGAAGGAAGUUCCCAUCUUCACGAAGCAGCGGAUUGACUUCACUCCAUCAGAGCGUAUCACCAGUCUUCUCGUUUCCUGUAAUCAGCUCUGCAUGAGCCUGGGCAAGGAUACACUGCUCCGCAUUGAUUUGGGCAAGGCAAGUGAACCCAACCGCGUGGAACUGGGGCGCAAGGAUGACGCCAAAGUUCACAAGAUGUUCCUGGACCACACUGGCUCUCACCUGCUGGUUGCCCUGAGUAGCACCGAGGUCCUCUAUAUGAACCGCAACGGGCAGAAGGUCCGGCCCCUGGCACGCUGGAAGGGGCAGCUGGUGGAGAGCGUCGGCUGGAACAAAGCGCUGGGCAAUGAGAGCAGCACCGGCCCCAUCCUGGUCGGCACAGCUCAAGGGCAGAUCUUUGAAGCAGAGCUCUCAGCCAGCGAGGGUGGCCUCUUUGGCCCCGCCCCGGACCUCUACUUCCGUCCACUGUACGUGUUGAACGAAGAAGGAGGCCCGGCACCCGUGUGCUCCCUCGAGGCCGAGCGUGGCCCUGACGGGCGAGGCUUCGUCAUUGCUACCACUCGACAGCGCCUCUUCCAGUUCAUAGGCCGAGCCGUAGAGGACGCUGAAGCCCAGGGCUUCUCGGGGCUCUUUGCUGCCUACACAGACCACCCGCCCCCGUUCCGCGAGUUUCCUAGCAAUCUGGGGUAUAGCGAGUUGGCUUUCUACACCCCCAAGUUACGCUCUGCGCCUCGUGCCUUCGCCUGGAUGAUGGGAGACGGCGUGCUGUAUGGCUCGGUGGACUGCGGCCGUCCCGACUCCCUGCUGAGCGAGGAGCGAGUGUGGGAGUAUCCCGCGGGCGUGGGUCCUGGAGCCAAUCCACCGCUGGCCAUCGUCUUGACCCAGUUUCAUUUCCUGCUGCUGCUGGCCGACCGGGUGGAGGCUGUGUGUACGCUGACGGGGCAGGUGGUGCUGCGGGAUCACUUCCUGGAGAAGUUUGGACCACUGAGGCACAUGGUGAAGGACUCGUCCACGGGUCACCUGUGGGCCUACACUGAGCGCGCAGUCUUCCGCUACCAUGUGCAGCGGGAGGCUCGGGAUGUCUGGCGCACGUACCUGGACAUGAACCGCUUCGACCUGGCCAAGGAGUAUUGUCGAGAGAGGCCUGACUGCCUGGACACAGUCCUGGCCCGGGAGGCGGACUUCUGCUUUCGCCAGCACCGCUACCUGGAGAGCGCCCGCUGCUAUGCGCUGACCCAGAGCUACUUUGAGGAGAUUGCCCUCAAGUUUUUGGAGGCCCGGCAAGAGGAGGCGCUGGCCGAGUUUCUACAGCGGAAACUGGCCGGCUUGAAGCCAACUGAGCGUACCCAGGCCACACUGCUGACCACUUGGCUGACGGAGCUCUACCUGAGCCGGCUUGGUGCCCUGCAGGGUGACCCAGAUGCCCUGAAUCUCUACCGGGAUACCCGGGAGUGCUUCCGUACCUUUCUCAGUAGCCCUCGGCACAAGGAUUGGCUCUUCGCCAGCCGGGCCUCCAUCCACGAGCUGCUCGCCAGCCAUGGGGACACGGAGCACAUGGUGUACUUCGCGGUCAUCAUGCAGGACUACGAACGGGUGGUGGCGUACCACUGCCAGCACGAGGCCUAUGAGGAGGCCCUGGCCGUCCUUGCCCGCCACCGCGACCCCCAGCUCUUCUACAAGUUCUCGCCCAUCCUCAUCCGACAUAUCCCCCGCCAGCUAGUGGAUGCCUGGAUUGAGAUGGGCAGCCGGCUGGAUGCUCGGCAGCUCAUCCCUGCCCUGGUGAACUAUAGCCAGGGUGGUGAGGCUCAGCAGGUGAGCCAGGCCAUCCGCUAUAUGGAAUUCUGCGUGAAUGUGCUUGGCGAGACGGAGCAGGCCAUUCACAACUACCUGCUGUCACUCUAUGCCCGUGGCCAGCCAGCCUCGCUGCUGGCCUACCUGGAGCAAGCUGGAGCCAGCCCGCACCGUGUGCAUUACGAUCUCAAAUAUGCGCUUCGACUGUGUGCUGAGCACGGUCACCACCGCGCUUGUGUCCAUGUCUAUAAGGUGUUGGAGCUGUACGAGGAAGCUGUGGACCUGGCCCUGCAGGUGGACGUGGACCUGGCCAAGCAGUGUGCGGACCUGCCAGAGGAGGACGAGGAGCUGCGUAAGAAACUGUGGCUCAAGAUCGCUCGGCACGUGGUCCAGGAGGAGGAGGACGUGCAGACCGCUAUGGCCUGCCUGGCCAGCUGCCCCUUGCUCAAGAUUGAGGAUGUGCUGCCUUUCUUUCCCGACUUUGUCACAAUCGACCACUUCAAGGAGGCCAUCUGCAGUUCCCUGAAGGCCUACAACCACCACAUCCAGGAGCUGCAGCGGGAGAUGGAAGAAGCCACGGCCAGUGCCCAGCGUAUCCGACGGGACUUGCAGGAGCUGCGGGGACGCUAUGGCACUGUGGAGCCCCAGGACAAAUGCUCCACCUGUGACUUCCCUCUGCUCAACCGACCCUUUUACCUGUUCCUCUGUGGCCACAUGUUCCACGCUGACUGUCUCCUGCAGGCCGUGAGGCCUGGCCUUUCUGCCUGCAAGCAGGCCAAGCUUGAGGAGCUGCAGCGUAAGCUUGGGGCUGCGCCUCCCCCAACCAAAGGCUCUGUGAAGGCCAAAGAGGCGGAAGCUGGGGCUUCGGCUGGGGGGCCCAGCCGGGAACAGCUCAAGGCUGACCUAGAUGAACUGGUGGCUGCUGAGUGUGUGUACUGUGGGGAGCUGAUGAUUCGCUCUGUUGACCGGCCCUUCAUUGACCCCCAGCACUAUAAGGAGGAACACCUCAGCUGGCUGUAGGAGGGUGUCCCCUUGUGGGUGGACAGGCAGGGUACAGCUACCCGACCCUCCUGAGAACGCCAUACUCUGGUCGGUGUUCAGUCCUUGAGAUCUCUGGGCCCGUGGUUGUGGGGGGUGGGAUCCAAGCUGCUGCCCCGAGGUUUCAGACCUGCCUUAGAGAGGUUCAUCCCCCCAGGCAGCCCGUGAGCCUGGAGAGGUCACAUGAUCCUUCCAGCCCCCUGCAUCUAACAGCUCCUUUAUUCUUGCUAUACCCUAACGUGUUCACCUGGACUGGGUAGUCCUCCUGUGUCCCUCCAGCCCAGGACACUGGGGGAGAGGACGGUACCGAGGGUAGGCGUGCUCAUGUGGCCAUGUGGAGAUGUGUGUGAGUCUGGGGCGCCACUGUUGGGGGGUCCUGAGACUGAGGGUACACCAAGGCCACGCGGACGUGUGGAGAACAUUAAAUGGUCUGCGCUGCGGUGGUGGUUCUGGACUUGUCUUUAUCCUGAUGCCGAACCUGACAGGACAGGAUGCCAAGAAGGGCUGGGAUGCCAAUAAGAAAGCCUCCUGCGUUAGUGUGGUGGCACACGCCUUUAAUCCCAGCACUUAGAGGCAGAAGCAGGCAGAUCUCUCUUCCUUCAAGACCAGUCUGGUCUACAUAGUAAGUUGUAGGCCAGCGAAGGCUACAUAGUAUGACCUUGUCUCAAAUAAAGUUAAAAAUAAUAAUAAAGUCCUCCCCUGGAAGCCUUC